CUUGAUUUAUGCCUAUAGAUAUAACAUGGAGGAUAAAAUUCCUUUUUUUUUUUUCGUAGCCUCGUCGCUUGCUCCUCCUUAAUCAAUCCUAAUCUUAUCAAGCUUUGGAUUGGGUUUUCUACUUAAGUCGGUACAUAUCCCUUUCGUUCGUCUCCAAACUCAAUCCAACUACACAACGACUGCGGAAAACAUUCCAUUCCCAACUCGUUCUGCAUUUUUUUGGGUUUGUUCUUGUUUUCUCUAUUUAUUUAUUUAUCUAUUUUGGUACAAGUUGACUGUGCCUUUCUUGUCCUUUUGUAAAUUAUUUGUUUACACUGAGAUCAGUCUUGUCUUUUCCAUCUCUCGUCUUCUCUCCCUUCCUACUAUUCAUUCUCUUUGGUUUGUUUACAGUGACUAUUUCCACACGAAAUUGCCUCUGUUACUUAUCCGAAUCCUUAUCUGCUUUCUCUCUUGAAUCCUAUUCAUCAACUAUCGGGCAUUUUUUUCCAUUGAUUAUCUAGCCCCUCACUUAUUAUCUGCUCGGGAUCUGUUUGGCUGUUCUUCCCUUCUGACUUUAACGUUUAUCACAUUUUCUAUCGCAACCCAAUUUUUGUUACUUUUAGGUAGCAACGGCGCUGUAUCUUCCAAUAACCCAUUUAAAAUUUUUUCUUAAAACGCUAGUUUUUGUUAACUAUUUAAUCCAUAAUUAUCCCUGUCUUGGUUAUAUAACCGCUUCGCUUCCUGCCACGUUGUUCGGCAAUUCCAUUGCUAAUCUUUUGGAAAAGCCACAGAAAAACAUCGACUCUUCCUUAUACAAUUGAUUUUUCUUUCUUGGCUCUGUCAAUUGCUGUUUGGUUCAUUCAAUCAUAAAUAAUUUUGCAUUGUACUGCGCGUUAAGGGUUUUGCUGGUAUUAGAUUCGCCUAAGUCUUUCUGUUCUUCUUCUUUUUCCAUUGGCGUAAUAGCUUCUAUUCAUUUUUUUAAUUGAAACUUUUUUUGGGUACAGAAUUAGUUUCUUUUCCUCCUCUUUCAAUUCUUGAUUUUAGUCUUUUGUUGAUUUGUAUUGGUCGUUUCAUCUCAGUCUUUUGUAGGUUUAUUAAUUUAUCCAGUUUUAUUUAAAAUAUGAAGGUUAUGCAACGCAUCGGCGAAUGGGUUGAAGAAAUGGACCUCAGAAUUGCCCGCAGUCCCGUCGGUCGCUGGUUCCGUCUCGAAGGAUGUGGGCAUCCUCGCGAACGUAAAGGUAGCCGUUUUAGUGUUGAAAUUCGUGCUGGUUUAACCACCUUCUGUGCUAUGGCUUAUAUCCUUGCCGUUAACGCUUCCAUUAUGAUAGAUACUGGUGGUCCUUGCGAAUGUACCGCCUCCGACCCCAAUGACUGCGAUAGCGAUAAAACCUUCGCAAGCUGUAAACAAAACUUUCACCGCGACGUCGUCACAGCUACUGCGGCUAUCUCUUGUUUGUCUUCUAUAUGUAUGGGUUUAUUUGCUAAUAUGCCUGUUGGAAUGGCUCCGGGUAUGGGUUUAAAUGCUUAUUUUGCCUAUCAGGUCGUUGGUUUCAAUGGUACUGGUCGUGUGCCUUAUCGUGAAGCUCUUUUGGCCGUUUUUGUUGAAGGCUUCAUCUUCACCGGUCUUACUAUCAUCGGUCUUCGUCAAUGGUUAGCUCGUGCCAUUCCUACUUCUCUUAAAUUUGCAACGGGUGCUGGUAUCGGCCUAUAUUUAACCAUUAUUGGCUUGACUCCUAGUGCUGGUCUGGGUGUCGUUGGCCAUUCUACUUCCGAUAUCGUUGGUCUUGGUGGUUGUCCUCCAGAGUAUCUUUCGUCUGACUAUACUUGUAAUGGCCAUGAAUUGCAAUCUGCUCGCAUGUGGGUAGGUAUAUUUUGCGGUGGUGUCUUUACCGCUGUUCUCAUGAUGUACCGUUUCAAAGGAGCAGUCCUUGCUGGUAUUGCUCUUGUCACCAUUGCCAGUUGGCCUCGUAGAUCCAAAAUUACCAUGUUUCCCCACACUGAAAGCGGCGAUUCCGACUUUAACUUUUUCAAAAAGGUCGUUAGCUUUCGUAAAAUUAACAGCAUUUUGGUUGCUCAAAACUGGAAAGUUACUGGUGGUCAAUUUGCAAUUGCUUUAAUUACUUUUCUCUAUGUCGAUAUUAUGGAUAUGACUGGUACUUUGUACUCCAUGGCUCAUUAUGCUGGCCUCGUCGAUUCCCGAACCCAAGAUUUUGAAGGAUCCGCCGUUGCUUAUCUCGUCGAUGCUUUGAGUAUCUCGAUCGGGUCUCUUUUCGGAGUCUCACCCGUCACCGCUUUUAUCGAGUCUGGUUCCGGUAUUUCUGCCGGCGGUAAAACAGGAAUUGUCGGUAUAAUCAUUGGUAUCUGCUUCUUCAUAUCUCUUUUCUUUUCUCCUAUCUUUUCCAGUAUUCCCGUAUGGGCCACCGGCUCUACCUUGGUUCUUGUUGGUAGUUUGAUGAUGAAAAGUUCAGCGCUUAUUAACUGGAGUUAUCUCGGUGAUUCCAUUCCUGCCUUUAUUACGAUUGCUUUGAUGCCUUUUACUUAUUCAAUUGCUUAUGGUUUAAUUGCUGGUAUCAUUUCAUACAUCGUUUUGAAUACUAUCAUUUACAUCAUCGACAAAGCAUCCAGAGGCAGAAUUACUCCUGGCGAUUACGACCAGAAGGAACCUUGGACUUGGCGUGUCGAAGGUGGUUUGUUGCCUCCUUGGGUCAAACGUUUGCUUCAUGGUGAAAAGAGAUUCUGGGAAGACCCUAAUGAUCGUAAACUGAAUGAGAAUAUGGAGUUAGAAAUGAGCAAUACACCAUCUUUCACAGAAAAGAAUAGUGAGAAAGGUACUAUUACUAUGAAGGAAGCAACUCGUGAUGUCCUUCCUCUAGAUGAAGGAAUCGGUGAAAGCGAAACUAUCCGGGAAGCUCGUCAUGAUACUCCCUACGCUGGUAUUGACACUGUAACCGAUAUGCGUAUCUAAUUUACUGGUGUGUGCGAUCAUCUUUUCAACUAUGUUUUCUUCCCCGGAAAAUACAAUCAUCUUCUAAAACUUGUUAAUUUCCUUUUUUGGUACUCUAAUUUUUUUUAAUAUCUAAUAAAUUUUUAAUAGUGGUAUUUGUUAAUAAAAAUAGGAAGUUCUUAUUCAUCUCAAAA